AUCGAAGUUCCAAUUCUUACCAGAUAUGUUAUAUAGCAUCGCCGUCCGACUGAUGAGUCUCUGCAAAGUCAGCCCGAUGUUUCCUACUGUUUAAUUCAACUUGAAGACUUUGAUCUGCAAAUACAAGCCUUCUUCGUAGAAAGCAUCCAAGAUCAUGACUCACAGUGUAUUGGGAGUAAUUCUAAUCCUGAUUCUGAUAUCAUGUCAGAUCGGACCAAUCCAAUCAGCUCCUCUCUCCUACUUGGUAUCUUCAUUUACACCUCCUGAUUCUGACUUCAACCUACCAUUCAACCACAUAGCGAUCAACAACAUCACUGGGGAUAUCUAUAUAGGAGCACGAGAGAGGCUCUACCAACUCGACUCCGACUUGAACCUCAAACAAACCGUGGAUACUGGAAAGUGUUCCGGUGAAAAUGAAGACUAUAUUAAUGAUAACAAACUCUUAGUGGUGGUGAUAACACCUCAGCACUAUAAGCUGAUUUCAUGCGGUGGUUGUGGCGAUGUUUGCCAACAAACGGAUUUGGUUAAUAUAUCUAUUGAUCUGGGAAUACUAGUUAAUACUGAAGGUGCUGUGGCAACAGGAGACCUACCGACUGUUGGAGUAGUUGCUCUUGGUGCAGACUAUGAAAGUGAGGAUGACAUUUAUGGACCAUCUUUCUUAUAUAAUGGAAUCAGCGGCAAGGGGAAUCCUGGAGAGAUGAGCUUUAUUUCAAAGCGCAAUGUUGAAAACCUGGUACUAUGCGAAGAAAUACCUGGAAAUAUGUUAAAGUCUCAUGACUCAUUCACAUUUAAACAUCUUCUUUUUUACAAGGAUUAUCUGUACUACUUCAUAUCAAGAGGCGAGAAAACUUAUCUUGGACGUAUCUGUCGCAAUUCAUCCUAUGAAGAAGAAUUUGCAUCUUACACAGAGAUAGAGAUGCAGUGUACACAGGGUGAAUCUCAGAAUAUUAUUCAAUCAGCUUACAUUGGACAAGCAGGAUCCCAGUUAGCUGAAUCGAUGAAUAUCAACACCACAGAUGACUUACUGUUCGCAGUAUUCUCAUCUACUUCGUCUUCUCUGUGUGUGUAUAAGAUGAUCGAUGUCCAGCAGAACUUUGAAGAUGCUAUCUUAGGUUGCAUUCUAGGAAAGGGCACUGGCACUGUGAACAGCUUCAUAUCUGAAAGUGAAUGUAAAAAGUAUCCCGCUACGAAUUACACACCACCGGAAUGGUACCCGUGUAGAGUUACAUUUGAAGACGGGUUUGUACUGUACAAGUAUGUCAGUGCAACGCAUCCCCUUUCUGCCUCACCCACCACUACUAUCCCUAAUUUGACUUCAACCUCAAUUGUGACAACCAUAAAAAGACAUCACACAGUGGCAUUCAUAGGAGAUACAGAAGGAAGCCUACACAAGAUUAACAUAGUGAACAGUUCUUUUGGGUACGUGUAUGAAGAUGUCUCUCUUGGAGGUGGAUCUGUCUUACAAGAGAUGUUCCUUGAUGAAUCAAAGGAGCAACUUACACUUGCUACAAGUUCAGACCGAAACUCGACUCAGAACCGGGUUCUUACAAUCAGUAUAGUCAACUGUGGACAGUACCAGACCUGUGAGGAGUGCAUUGGUGAGGAUGGUGGAAAUGAUGGAGAUCCUUACUGUGGAUGGUGUACUCUAGAGGCAAGGUGUACCCGAUACAACGAAUGUUCUUCCCCUGAUGAAUCUACUCGGUGGCUGUCUUACAAUGCCAUCCAAUGUGUAUCCAUCUCAGAUGUCCAGCCUGAUAAUAGACUACCAUAUCAAAUUACAGAACGAGAGAUCACAAUUACUGUACAGCAGCUUCCAACUCGGAAAGACAACCACCAAUACCGGUGUGCCUUCGACUCUUACGAGGUCAAUGCUGUUACAACGUCUGAUACAGUAAUAUGUACAACUCCUCCUGUGGACGAAUUGCCCACAAUCCCUGAAGAAGAUGACCAUAAGAAUUUGACCCUUUCCAUUUUCUCAACGGAGACCAACGUUUCCUUCAUAAGCACGAAUUUUAUCUUGUUUGACUGCACCCAUCAUAAAUCUUGUUCGUCUUGUGUCUCGAGUGCAUGGCCAUGUGACUGGUGUGUUUAUGACAACAUGUGUACGCAUGAGAGCAGCUCAUGUCAGGACGGUGAAACAGUGGUGAUUGGAGAAAAUAGUCCCAUAGGUUCUGGAGGCAAAGGACAGACUUACUGUCCUCAGCUGGUUGGUACAACAGAAACCUUUUUCAUACCAGUGAAUAUUCCUUUAGGUUUCUCACUAGAGGCAAGAAAUAUCCCUACAGAUCAAGCAAAGAUCCAGUCAUUCGAUUGCAUUCUUGUUAUUGAUGGAGAUGAGGCACGAGUAGAAACUACAUUCUUCAAUGAAAGCUAUGUUCUGUGUCGGGCUAAAGAGUAUAUGUAUGCUGACGACAUCCUUCAGAAGAAUGUAAGCGUCUCCGUUCAAUGGAAUGGCCAACACUAUAUAGAUGACCCUAUGGAUACAUACGUGACUCUGUACAAGUGUUCAGCCAACGAUGGAAGCUGCAGCCGGUGUCUAUCUCCGGAAGCAACACCUUCGUUCCUAAACUGCGGUUGGUGUGGGAAUGACUGUAAUGUCAUUGAGAGUGAUGUUUGUCAGAACAAUCGAUUUGUCAAUCAGAAUGAGACCAAUCUUUGUUCAGCACCAGUAAUAACUGAAUUUUAUCCCAUAUCAGGUCCUAUUAAUGGCAAUACAAGAUUGGAAAUCAUCGGAACCGACGUAGGAGUGGCAUUUAAUGAUGUACUAAAUGUUACAAUAGGGGACUUGGUGUGUAGCCUGACUGACAUGGAUCCCUACUAUCAACCAGGGCAGAGUGUAAGUUGCCUAACUGGGUUAUCUUCCGAGGUAACAUCAGGACAAAUCGCGAUUAAGAUAUGGUCUGGUGAAGAGACUAGGACCGGAAACAGUAAAGAACAUUUCCACUAUAGGAAUCCCAUGAUCUCGGGGUUUAGCCCUACUGAGGGACAGGCAGCGGGAGGGACCCUGGUCACCAUUACAGGAAUGUACCUGAACACAGGAAGAAUCAUCGAAGCUAGAUUGGGAGAAGCACGCUGCAACGAUUUGAUGUUCGAAAAUUCGACGAUGACCUGUAUUACAAGUGGCAUAACCAGUAAUGAAGAAACCUCUGUCAGAUUGAUCGUGUCGUUUGAUGGAGUUGAAAGACUGUUUGGGAAAUACAGCUUUACCUACAAAGUAAACCCGGUAAUAAGUGUUAUAGGCACGCCCGAAUCCAUUUUGUCAGGAGGCAUAGAUAUCGAAGUAACGGGGGAAAGAUUUGAUCUGAUCCAGGAGCCUACGGUUCUCGUUACUUCACUCACGACAAAUGCCACCAGAUCCGAGGAGUGCAAUGGAACGGAUACUCUUCUUAUUUGUCUUACUCCAAGUUACCCUGAUGACGUCAUACCUAACAGAAGAAGACGAGCAGUAAAUGACACAAUAGAGGCAAAUCUGGCCUUUGACUUCGAUGGAUACAUCAUCGAUGGCGGCCUCAUUGAAUACUACCCAGACCCUCUCUAUUACAGCUUUGGUGGAUCAGACAGAAUCUAUGAAAGCGGCAACAGUCGACUUGAGAUCGAAGGAAUGAACCUUGACUUAGCCAGCACGGGAGAUGAUGUUACAGUUUUGAUAGGUCCUGAUGGUGUCUGUGAUGUGGAUGAUCUUGAGACGGAUGUGUUACGAUGCCAGCUACCGGAAAAGAGGCCUCAACCUGGUAACAUCAAUGGAACAGUUGAACCCGGACCUACUCAAGGGUUACCAGCUGUCACGGUAUUCCAUGGAAAUUUGGUAUUCUACCCAGGCUACGUAAAUUACUCGACGACAACCAUUGACGUUGGUCUCAUUGUCGGUAUUGUUGGUGUUGCUGUGUUCGUCAUCAUUGUCCUCGUCGUCGUAGGCGUCAUCCUCUACAGACGAAGUCACCAGCAAAUAAGCAAACAAGUCCGUGAGAUUGAGAUGUUAGAGAAGAAGAUCCAAGGUCGAGUGCAAACAGCUUUUCAUGAACUACAGACCGACAUGUCUGAAGUGGAGGAGCAAAUUGGCCAUCUUGGUGUACCAUUUGCGAAUGCACUGGAUUACUUGAAGAAUAUGCUCUUUGCAGGCUUGGCUAUUCUUCCACCAACCACAGACCCUGAGUAUUUGAACUCUGAUCUUGAGACAGCGAUGAUCAUGUUCUCAAGGCACCUUAGUAAUCCAGAUUUCUUGAUCAACUACAUCAAACAUCUUGAGGAACAAAGGAAAACGCAGCGAAGAGAUAGAGUCAACAUUGCCUCUCUAAUAACGACCGUACUGAUUACCGAAGGAAAGUUUGGAUAUUUCACAGAAACUCUCUUCAAGUUGUUGGAAGAAUGCAUCGAGGAGGGUGCAGAGAGCGGAAGAGCUAAAUCACUCUUUAGGAGGAAUGAGACGAUCGUUGAAAAACUCCUCUCCAACUGGAUAGCUAUCUGCAUGUAUCGAUACCUCAAGCGUCAUGCGGCCGAACCUCUUUACUUGCUUUACCAGUCCAUCAAGAUACAGGUUGAGAAAGGACCAAUUGAUAUCACUACAGGACAGUCUGUCUUCUCAUUGAACUUUGAAUGCCUCUUGGAAGAAGAAGUGGAAUUCAACGAAGUGACUCUAUCGGUAGUUGGCAGAGACAAAAGACACUUGUACUACGUCAAGGUUCUUGAUGUUGAUUGCAUGACCCAAGUCAAACAGAAGAUACUGGACGCUGCGUACAGAAACAGCCACAUCGUACAGCAAAACAGGGCUCACGAGAUGGAUCUCCUGUGGUACCAUCCUGGUGGGGAAGAGAGGGUCUUGAAAGAUCAAGAUGAAUUUAACAAACUUGUUGAGAAUUCCAAAGGCGCAUGUUACAUCAAUACCAUCAAGACAUAUGCGGUUCCAGACAGUAGCAGAGUAGCCCUUAUUACCAAGUCAUCCACGAAUGACACAGGGGUAUACGAGCCUGUGACCCCAGGGGUGCAACUCUUCCAACAAUAUCUUGAGGAAACAGGAACCGAUGAUAUUCCCAGCAGAGACUACGUACGAGUCCGUACGAUGGAUGCCAGCGGACAAAGUCUCAUCCACUUAGUUCCUGAGAACCAAGUUCCUACGGACAUCAGCAGUAAAUCCAAGACUAAACUUGAUCGUGAAUUCCUAGCGCCUCGUUUGCUUGUCACCAAGAAAACAAUCCAACCGCGCCUUGACGGAUUCCUGACAUGCGUCUUCAAGAAGCCGGCUGAAACACCACGCACCAUCAAGCAUCUCUUUGACUUCUUUGAUAAGAUGGCGGACAAGUACUGCGACGAGAAGCCAGAGGAGAUUGCAGAAGUUUGGAAGAGCAGCAGUCUACCACUGCACUACUGGAUGACCACUUUGACCCACCCAUCUUACGUCUUCGACAUGCGCCAGUCAAGGUCUGCUGAUCAGAGUGUAUCGGUCCUGGCUAACAUGCUGGACAAUGCAUGCAAGAAGAUCCGAUCUGAAAAUACCAAGGAUUCUGCACUCAAUCGAGUUCUGUUCUACAAGGAUCUACCUGGAUACAUCGCUACCAUUGGCGAUUACUAUGACAGCAUUAAAGGACUGACGCCACCAACGGCAGAAGAACUCCAAGAGGAAUUCCAAACCAUCGCAAAUGAUUUUUCUGGUCUGUUCAGUCGAGUAGCAACCCUUAAAAAGCUGUACGACUUCACAGCUAAUGAUGCAGGCUCUCUAUUGGAUUCGGUCACAGAAAAGAUGCCAACUAGGGAUAGCUGUUAGCAUGGCUCAUCUCGGUCUGCAGAUAUUACUAGUACUGAUGUACACGAUAAUUUGGAGUCAAUAUUGAUAUUAUGAUUUUUGUGAUAUUACAAUCAUACUCCGGAAUGUCUCUCAUAACCUAGCAUAUUUCACAUGAUAUAAUCGAUCGUUGCAUUGAAGCUCCCCAUUUCUAUUACACAUGCCUGACAAUACCCCGGACAAUACCUGACUAAUAUCUCAGUCGUUAACAUUUGUGUACCAGCUACAUAUAGGUGGUUUGAAUGAAAAAGACCCGGCCGCAGUAGAGCAAAUGUGACUGAGGUAUUAAUCUUGAAACGCUGUGUUUAAUGAUAAUAUUUCCUAUUGUAUACAUGUAUAUGGUUUGUUUAAGCAGCGCCAUUAUAUUCAUUCAAAUUUAUUUCAAAUAUUCUCAGUGUUGUAUGCCCCCCCCCCCAAAAAAAAGUUGAUUAAUCUAGUUUUCGUCUAUCAUGUCUAAAUUGCUACAUUAAGUGUAUUACUUUGGGUUUUCAAUAAUUGAACGAACUUGAUUUCUCCGAAAUGUGAUGAAAUUUAUGUAUGAUAUUGAUUAUCAUUAUUGUGUGUUCUAUGGUGUAAAAUUAAUUCUCUACUUGGUCUACUCACCGACACAGGUGCCUCAUGCUUCAAUUCUAUUCUCAAUGUGUCCACAAAAGUCAAAACUCCACUGAAAUUCGGAUCAAAAAUUUAAUAUGCAACAGCUAUUAACUGAACAAAGGAGUCUUUGAGAACACUAUACCGGAUCGCGACGCAAAAAACUUCGAGCUGGCUCUUUUUAACUCGUGGAUGAUCUUAAGUUAUUGCACAAAUCCAAUGAAAAUUAAACUUGUGUUAUCUUGUCCGCGAUGAAUAACAAACGAAAGUUUUACUAUGGCACCAAAGAACGAAUAAAAUAAUCCACAUGUAUAUGUGUCCACAGAUGCUAUUCCAGAAUAUAUAUCCAAGAUGAAAGUAACGUUAGAACUCCAAAUAUGAAAAAACAGUAUAUCCAAGAAUGUUUCAAGCGAUUUGCAAAGGUGAAUGGACUAAAAAUUGUUUUAUGCGAUGUGGAGUUGCUACACUUUUUAUGUAAAACUACAUUAUAUUAAUGUUAUAUGUUUCAGUAUUGUAUUCGUAAAGUAAGGUUACACUGUAAAAAUUGUGGUGUUAAAACUGACACAAAUUGGUGUUAAUAGAGGACAACAUCCUGAGGUGUUAAAAUAACACCCUAGAGAUUGAACAUAACACCAAGAGUGUCAACGUAACAACCAUAGGUGUUGUAAUAACACCUAUAGGUGUAAAACUAACACCACCAAUUUAACACUGGUGUAAAAUAACUGGUGUGGUCCUCUAUGUACACCGGUUAACACCACAGUUUUUGCUGUGUAAUGUAAGUUUUGCUAAAGAUCUUUGUAGAUACAUGUCUAAAUUUAUUUUAACUCUCUCUCAAUUCGUAGUAUGAGUAAACUUUGUAAUGUGUUUAAAAAGAAAUAUUGAAAAUCCGUAGCCAAAGUCUUAGGGAUUAUGAAUUACUUAAUAUUUCAAUAAUUAUAUGUGAAUUAUGGUAUUUUCAGAGAGUUUAAUAAGAAUGAAGCAUGUUAAUUAUUUUACUAGUAUAUAUAGGCCAUAUUUUAAAGAAAUUGUAUAUUGUUUAUCUUGUAUAAGUCAUGUUAUACGUUUUAAUAACCAAGAAAAUGUUAUUAUCUUAUAUUACCGCUAUUCGAUGGAAAUUGGAACUGGUUCCUUUAAAUUUCUAUUGAGUUAGAUUACUGGUUUUUUGUGUGUUCAUUUAUGUUCUAAUAACCUGGAGAAAUUAACUGACUCGAUGCAAAUUUGAUAAUCUGCAAACUGUCACGUGCAAACUGAAUUUAGAAAAAAAAACGAUUUGCUCCACAUAGGCCCAUCUUUAACACAAGUUUCUUUUUAUAUAAAAUGUCAUAAUGGUUUUGCGCCACUAUAUAUUAUCAAUCUUACUCCCAACAAAUUGCUCAUCAUAAUCCAGCAAAAUAGUGACAAGAAGUAAAUUUAUGAUGCGCCCCUUUUCAGACCUAUAUAGAGGAACUUGUUUCCCAUUUUUACAUAGGUUGCACAAAAAGUACCCUGUAUUGUGUAGUGCCCCAACCCCCCCCCCCCUUCUGGACAUGAGGAUAAAAAAUCCCUUUGUCAUAUAGCCCCAUCGAAUAUCAAUUGACGUCACCUUUGUUGUGAGCAAAUCAAAGGCCAUGUCGUUUUGUGCAUUCAUCGGCGACAGUAAUUCUGCAACCUAAAGCUAUAAUUCGCAGCUGAAAGAAAUAAAACAUGAAUACAAAUUUUAACUAACUGUUCUAUGCACAUGAGCUACCUGUUUAUAUUUCCGAAUGAGAUUUUUACUUUUCCGAGCUCCCCUCGAACCCCCAAACGCGUAGGUAUUGAGCAUGUUUUAGUAUUUACUAAUUUAGAGAUGAUAAUUUCUGCGAAAAUCACUUAAAGCAUACUUGUUACUUUUAUAGAUUAGUCAUUUUUCUUUGUUUUGUUUUUUGUUACUUUCAUUUAUGACUGGCUUGUCUUUUUACGCAUUUCAAUAUAUUAGGGAUUUAUGCAUCGUUUUAUACUCAGAAAUAUUAUGAUGUUUAUUCAGAAACAUAAACUGAGUGAUGUGUAUUCAGAAAUACUACUUAUGUCUUCAGAAAACGCUUACUUAUUGAUUUAGACAAGUAUUCAGAUUCAUGAUUUUAGUUUUUAAUUGUUUACACCUGACCUGCUUACCCAGCCUCUGUCAAAUAGUUUGAGGCGAUUAUGAAUUACUUUACAAAAUAAUUAGUAUCAUUAAUAAGAGUUGAAACUAAACCAUAUAACGCUUAGGGAUUUAAAGUAAAUCUGAUUCGUUGUUUAGUGGGAUGUUGCUGAUACUGUACUUCCGCUGCUUUUCCGCAUGAGCUUUAACGUAUAUAGGCCAAAAUAUUGACAAGACUUACAAUAAAACUACAUCAGCAGCUGGUUAAUGUUUGAAUUAGCUUUAACCUUUAAAUUGAUAUCCAUGAAUUAAGUGUUUGAACGUCCUCCCAAAUUUGUAAAACCAUGAUUUGUCAAUUUAUGACUACUGUAAUCUUUGUGGUCAACUUAGAGCAUUUUAUUUAUUUAAUUUCAUUUUUUUGCACAAUAUGGAAUUGAAUAAAAUGUGUAUUUUAGAGAUUUCAAUUGCUUGCAGGCAAA